AGCAGAAAGCGAAUACGAAGCGAACAGAUGAAAAACACACGAGCAUGAACAGUUAGCCAAUUUUGCCGAGUGAGCACACGAGGCUGGCGUCUCGUCGGGGCAUCAGUUCUGCAGUCGGGGGCGUCGCAUGCACCACAACAACAUUCGCCGGCAACUGCGGCGCGCAGUAUGCAAAACAAAGCUGAAACGUGCAGUUGGCAUUGGCAGUCGCAGCAGCGAGCCGGGCCGAGCGCAUAAGCGAUAAGCGAAACCUCUAGUUUCGCUAAAAGCGAAACAAAAGCAACAGUGCGUAAAUCCAACGGUACUCUGACGGCGACAGCGACGACGGCAACGACGACGACUGCGCAACGCUGGCAGAGCUAAUUCAAAUUAGCAGAACGCAGCGUAAAUAAACAAAUAACUCUGCAGGCCGUCGGCCGCAGGCAGCAACACAAAUAAUUCAGACAGUGAAAAAUAACAGAGAAAUUCGCAAAAUUCGUGAAAUUCGAGAAAUCAUAGAAACGUUUGCCAAAUAUUUUGAGAACCUCAAAACACAACGUGGUGAAAAAAAAGAAAAAUAAGUGCGUGCCGUUUGGGAAUUUGUGCGAAACGCAGUCGAGGAUGUGGACCAUGUGCCAAGGCGGCAACUGGCGACGCAUAACAAUGGCAACAGACAACAACAUGUUUGCAACUUGGCAAAUGAGAAAACAACAAUAAGGCUUAAAACUAAAAUACAAACUAAAUAUAUACGUAACAUAUAUAUUGAUAUAUGUAGAGAGCUUAUAGCAACAACCAUGUGGCUAUUGUUCGUGUGGCUUCAACUGGUCUGUGGCAGUCCGACGACCGAGUCAGAGCAGCCGGACUGGCUGCUGGCUGGAGGAAACACAAGCAGGGGGCCCUACGACUAUCCGAAUGAUACGCUCUAUAGCCCCCAGCCGGAGGGAUAUUUGCCAGCGACGGGCAGCUCGAUGCACAGCACGGAUCUGCCGACGUAUCAGCACUGCAUGGCGACGCGUAACUCCUUCGCGGAUCUGCUGACUGUGGUGCUGUACGGGCUCGUCUGCAUUGUGGGCCUGUUUGGCAACACGCUGGUCAUCUAUGUGGUGCUGCGCUUCUCCAAGAUGCAGACGGUGACCAACAUCUACAUACUCAAUCUGGCCAUAGCGGACGAGUGCUUUCUGAUUGGCAUUCCCUUUCUGCUCUACACGAUGCGCAUUUGCAGCUGGCGCUUCGGGGAGCUGAUGUGCAAGGCGUAUAUGGUGAGCACGUCGAUCACGUCGUUCACCUCCUCCAUCUUUCUGCUGAUCAUGUCGGCGGAUCGCUAUAUAGCCGUCUGUCAUCCCAUAUCGUCGCCGCGCUAUCGCACUCUGCACAUCGCGAAGCUGGUCUCGGCGCUGGCCUGGAGCACCUCGGCGGUGCUGAUGCUGCCCGUGAUGCUCUAUGCCAGCACCGUCGAGCAGGAGGAUGGCAUCAAUUACUCGUGCAACAUCAUGUGGCCAGACGCGUACAAGAAGCACUCCGGCACCACCUUCAUACUGUACACCUUCUUUCUGGGCUUCGCCACGCCCCUGUGCUUCAUACUCAGCUUCUACUAUUUGGUCAUACGCAAGCUGCGCUCGGUGGGUCCCAAGCACACGACCAAGUCCAAGGAGAAGCGUCGCGCCCAUCGCAAGGUAACUCGCCUAGUGCUGACCGUCAUCACCGUUUACAUCUCCUGCUGGCUGCCGCAUUGGAUGUCGCAGCUGGCGCUGAUCAACUCGAAUCCGGCACAGCGUGAUCUGUCACGGCUGGAGAUACUCAUCUUCCUGCUGCUGGGCGCGUUGGUCUACUCCAACUCGGCAGUGAAUCCCAUUUUGUACGCCUUCCUCAGCGAGAACUUUCGCAAGAGCUUCUUCAAGGCCUUCACCUGCAUGAACAAGCAGGACAUCAAUGCCCAGCUCCAGCUGGAGCCGAGCGUCUUCACCAAGCAGGGCAGCCGACGACGCGGCGGCUCCAAACGUCUGCUGAACACCACCCAGCAGCAGCAGCAGCAGCAACAGCAGCCGCCGCUGCUCUCUCUGCACAUGGGCAACAACAACUCCUCGACCACCACCUCCUCGACAACCACAGCCGAGAAGACGGGCUCCACCAAUGCGCCCAAGUCGUGCAGCUCCAAUGGCAAGCUGACCGUGCCCGCGCCAGAUGCAGAGAGAGAGAAUCUGAUCAUUUGCCUCAGCGAUCAGCAGGAGGCGUUCUGCACGACAACACGACGCGGCUCCAGCCUGAUUCAGCAAACUGAUCUAUGAAACUAGUCGCUAAACUUACUUAGAAUAUCCCUUAAGUGUAUAGAAAUUAUGUAUGAUCUGAGCACUAACAUAUACGUAUUCAGUUUUUCUACUCUAUCUCUAUCUAUCUAGCAGUAUUAAUAGAGACUCCCAGUGAGAAGCCAAGCAUCACCCUCGUGUUUUCUUAAAAUAUAAAUAAGUAUAUUCAGUAUGACGAAUUUUCAGCUUAAACUUAAGUUUAGUUUUAAGUUUUAAGGUAUUUUUGAAAGGUGCAUUUGCCGUUUAAAUCUACUAGACCUAAGACUUACUCCAACUGUGUAAAUGUGCUUUUAAGUGUAACGAGAAAAGGAAUAAAAUUAUUAAAAAUCA